AUGGCGCUGAUUACACGUUUCGGCGAUCUAUCCGAUCUAGUAUUGAUCGAGUUGUUCUCGUAUCUAUCAUCGAUCGAUAUUCUUUGGGGAUUUACUCACCUUAAUUAUCGUCUGACAACGUUAAUAACUGAACGAGGUUUCUUUUAUCAUAUUAAUUUAUCGCUUGCACGUUAUCAUCAAUUUAAUACAAUACUUCGUUUUCUUCCAUUGAAUGAUAUUCUAUCAAUUUCAAUUGAUAAUGAUGCAUCUCCACUUCAACUAACUUGUUGGCCUUAUAUGCCUCGUUUGAGAACUUUGCGUAUAAUCAGCGUAUACGAUUAUGAUGAUCUUUUACCUUUUGCUAUACUUCAUGCAGCUACACUUACUCAUAUCAUUGUCAACUCAAAUGAACGACUAGUACCAGAUGGUGUCACGAUCCAUGUUGUAUACCCCUUGGGUGACUUAAAUAAGCUUAUGCGUGAUGUUCUUCUUAUUCAUUUACUUUCACUUCGAUCACUCGACUUCGGCUUUCACUAUAACUUGAUGAGGUGGCCCAUUGCUGUGCAUGCCCCUCUUACCUAUCUGCUUUUGCCAUUGGUUUCCAUGGAUGAUUUAAUUCGUAUUAUGGCAACACAACAACUUUCCAGUACAUUACGCCAGUUACACGUCUCAAUAGCUAAUCAUCGUGAUCGUAAGCAUUGUGCUAUGCCAACAUUUAAUUCUUUGCUUCCAAUGGUUAAUUUGCAUACAUUCACUUUUUUCCAAAAAUUUUAUUCGCGAUUACGAAUUGAAUGGACAUAUUUCGAAAUGCUGAUGUCUUCGAAUGUAAUGCCUGCGCUUCGACGUGCCAGUUUAUCUAUUUUUAUUAAUAUGAACGAAAUAAAUCGUAUUAGUUCGUCAACAUUUUUUACAGAUCAUCGUCAUGUUGAUGUUCAUUUCGUUUUCAGUCUCAUUAAUUGUCCCCAAUACAUCGAGAUGACUCAAUAUAUACCUCGUGGAAAUCGUUUUCAUCGGCGAGAAAUUGUUGGUGCAACAUUGGUUGUUAAUGACACGUAUAUGAUGUCCAAACCAAUCAUGAAUCCGGAUCAUUUUAGUUAUGGACGCCAAUAUUGUCAUCAUAUGUGGUAUACUCUUCCAUGGGCAUUCGAUGAAUUCUUUCAUGAAAAUAUGCCAGAAAACUGGAUUACUCAAAUACGAGUGUUUGAAAUACCACAAAAAGUAACGACAUCUUAUACGCCAUUUCUUCGUUCAUUAGAUGUAUUUCGUGAAAAUGUAUCACCUUCUUUAUACUCUCUACCUCACGUGGUAUCAUACGAUCGUAUUGAAACGUACCACUUGGCCUAUUAUACUACAUCUCUUCCCAAAUAUUUAUCUAGUCUUCGCAAUAUAACUCUCGUAAAUAGUAUCGAUUGUCUUACCUACUGUUAUUCAUUUCCAACCACAAUUCGUUCUAUUCGUAUUCACAUUUUGUUCAAAUCUCAUAACUAUAAGAUGCCAGACUGGUCAGCGCUAAUGUAUUCACUCUCAGCUUUGCGACAGUUGAGUUCGUUAAAUAUAUUUAUGUAUGAUUUGCCAACAACUGUCGACAUUGACAACUGUCAAUUCAUCGCAAAGGCAGCACUUAACGUUAUCAAUUUUGCUCUUUGCUUUCGAUCCAAAGGUGGUACUUCUUCAAAAGAAUUCGAAGCCGUAUUUAAAUAUCAUCCGAAAUUUGUAAAAACGUUGUGUGACUCUAUUAUUUUAUUGUGUCGUGACAAACAACCUUAUUAUUCAAUUGAAAAUGAUGGCUUUGGACUGAAAACAUGGUUUUGA